AUGCAUUGGAAAGGCCUGCGACUCGUCGCCGAUGGGAGCUCCAAGCGCCAAAGUACCAUUGAAUCCCAACCCCAGACUCGUCGCAGCGAACACCUCCCUCGUCCCCUGGCCCCGAUCAACGAACCCAGAUACUCUGAAUCGACCCCUCGUUUCUCGGACCUAGCCGAUUCAGAAGAGCUUGUCGCAAACGGCGAUGGGACCGCGCCACGAUUGCAACCCCCCGGCGGGAGGGGGCCAGAGGCUGGAGUCGCGCGGGCGGGUUUUGCUGCAGGCCCCUCGACGGGGGAUACCCCUAGCUUGCGGAGAAAUCGAUUCAGCUUCAUGAGACUGCGUCAUGCCUCGGAUCCACAGCUUUCCAAGUCCUAUGCGAAGGCUGAGGAAACUCCCCCCAUCCCGUCGCUCCCACCUCCCAAGAUCAUCACCACCGCCCCAACUAGCCACGAACUCGAUCAGCCGAUCAAGCAGCGACAUAAACUCAGGCUUCUACCCUCGUCUCGCAAGCACUCCAUGGAGGAUCUAUCCCGAGGCUCAGGAGACUUCCCCCGCAGAUCGGAACGAAAGCAUCAGGGAUCGUCCGACUCGCAAAUCGCCGACUCGAGUCUCUCGACAUUUCAGACAUCAGCCCCGGAGGAGCCGGGGAGACUCUCAACGACGUCAAUACGAAGUGGGGGUCGAGAUCAGGCGUUUAACGAGUCCCAGCGAUCAUCAGUAUCAGUCACAGAUGCACGAUUCUCAGAGUCUUCCCGAUCAGAUCAGAGCUAUGGAGAUCAGACAUUCAGAACCAACUUCCCCCGCGAUGGCCAAGCAUCAACCAGCAAGCGUUUCCAUAUGCCCCGAUUGAAGCGACACCGCAGCCCCUUGUUCCCGCUACCCCCGAAGCUCCCGCCAACAUCAAACAAGUUCCCGCCAGCGGAGACCCCGAAAUCAGAUGGCUCGGAUCAUGAUCAGGUCUCACCCCUCCCAUCUCCAUCACGGUCCGCGGUUGGCCUGGCUGGGCCCAGCGCACCGCCACUCCUCCGCAAUGAUUCGACAAACUCGGCUCGGUCCAUUCGAUCUAACCCCUCCCAUAAGGGUCGUGGCAGAUCUUCCACCAUGGGAUCCCUUGCCGAGAACCACGUUGAUGAAACAUCGCAAGUUCCUUAUUUAGCAUCAUCUGGACGGACUUCCACUUCCACCAGUGGACGGAAGAGCUUUGGCGACAUCUUUAGUAUCUCGCAGCGAUUGAGACAGAACUCCGAGCCGCCGAUCCCUCGCAAUGGUUCCCCCGGAAUAGGCGGCGCAGCGACCCCGGCCAAGGCGGAUCUUCCGCCAAUUCCUGCCCCCGAAGAAGGAGAGACCCCGGCCGCAUAUCUGACGAAGCUGGAGGAGAAUCUACCACGCGGCAUGAUUGGAGGUGUUCUCGCUCAGUCGGACGAUGAAUUCUACAAAGUUGGACUGCGGAAGUACAUGCGAUCAUUUUCGUACUUUGGUGACCCGAUCGACAUGGCCAUUCGCAAGCUUUUGAUGGAAGUGGAAUUGCCCAAGGAGACCCAGCAGAUCGACCGGUUCCUGCAAGCGUUCGCCGAUCGCUAUCACGAAUGCAACCCUGGAAUCUUUGCCUCGACGGACCAAGCUUAUUUCAUUGCAUUCUCCAUUCUCAUCCUGCAUACAGACGUGUUCAACAAGAACAAUAAGCGUAAGAUGCAGAAGUCUGAUUACGUCAAGAAUUGUCGUGGAGAGGGUAUUGCAGAAGACAUUCUCGAAUGCUUCUACGAAAAUAUCUCAUAUACACCCUUUAUCCACGUUGAGGAUGCAAACCUUCGCGAUCGUCAUCUUGCGAAACCUCGGCGAGCCUUAUUCAAAAGCACCAGCUCUGAUCAUUUGCCAUUGAUGGCAAGGGAACCUGUAGAUCCUUACAUGCUCAUCAUGGAUAACAAGCUGGGAACGUUGAAGCCCAGUCUCAAGGAGGUGAUGGAUCUCGACGACACUUACGAUCACGUUGGAACCAGCGGCCUGCCUGAUAUGGAUGAUCUUCACCAGGCUUUUACCAAGUCUGGCAUUUUGCAAAUCAUUUCUCUGCGCUCGCGGCCCGAUGCAUUCAUGCAAGGAAGUCUUGAUAACCCAGCCGACUCACACCCAGGUCUCGUGGACAUCAAGGUGGCCAAGGUCGGCUUGCUCUGGCGGAAGGAUCCGAAGAAGAAGCGGGCGCGAUCGCCUUGGGCCGAAUGGGGUGCGGUUCUGACAUUCUCCCAACUCUACUUCUUCCGAAACGUGACUUGGGUACGAUCAUUGAUGGCUCAACACGACGCGUAUGUGAAGAAUGGGCGCAAAGGCACGCUUGUUUUCCGGCCUCCCCUGGCUGAAUUCAAACCGGAUGGCAUCAUGUCUACGAAUGAUGCGGUAGCCCUGCUGGAUAGCAGUUACAAGAAACACAAGCACGCCUUCUCGUUUGUCCGGCACGAUGCCUUGGAAGAAGUCUUCUUGGCAACCUCUGAGCCCGAAAUGAACGACUGGAUCGCCAAGCUCAACUAUGCUGCCGCUUUCCGAACCACCGGGGUCCGUACCAAAGGCAUGAUUGCUACAAAUUACGAGGGCCAGCGGUACCGCAAGAGCCAGCGUGUUGGAUCCAUCUCAUCGCUUGGGUCUCACCAGUCUGGGGACAAAGAGCCUGAGUCGCCCAGUAUCGACAAUGACAUUGUGGCCGAGUUUGUCGCAGCUCGUCGGCAGCUCAUGAGUCAAAAGAUUCGUGACACCAACGAGAAGCUGUUUGUCACUCAAAGGCAACUGGAAGAUCUUCUGCGAAACGCUCGACACUUGCAAGUCUUGACCCCGGCCACUCCUCGCGCGCGUGAAAACGUGAUCAUGGCGGCAGCUCGUAUGGCUGCGAAACUCAAGUGGGUUCGACAGGACAUCUGGCGCAACAAGUGCUACCGUGCAGUUCUCCUUCGGGAUCUUGGAGAGGACGAGUCUGUGCCGGAAGAGCGGACAGGGUCUGUGGCUGGACAAACCGUAUCAACCCAGGCUGAGCCUGCACGGGUGGCUUCUGUCUCUGGACCGUCAAUCGCCUCUGAGCCCAGCGUUCACGCCGCACCUAGCAUCGUCCACACCGCAUCGAGCCACGAUAUCCCUGCUGAAUCGUCUGCUGUGAACCCCGCCGAGAAACCUUCCGUUGACACCGGUCUUCUGAGUGAACCUUCGACGGAGGAAAUGCGACGACCCAGUAUACCAACAUCUACUACCUCCUCCGAUGUUAGCCGAGUUGGGCGGCCACUCUCCAUUGCCAUUGUGUCUGAGGGUCGGCCGGAGAGUGAUUCACAUCUCGAGCGGGAAGCCUCGGUGCUCAGCCGCGGGAGCAAGUUUGAUGGCGCCAGCCUUGGAUCUCGGGCAUCCAAAAUCACUUCACCCGUUAGCUAUGAUGAUGAUGGUGAAGAGCGCUUCCUAAGAGAGACGGGUCUACUUGAACUCGGGAGCUCGCCUCCGCCACGCAAACCUUCCAGUACCGUGCCGGAAGAUGAAGCAGAGAACAAGCCCGACGAGUCGUCCGAAGUCUUCCAGAGCGAUAACAGGCCUAGCCGCGUGCGUCGCAGCCUCCACCGAAGUCUCCGUGAACCGCAUCAUGUUCACCGACAUCACUCGCGCCACAAGAAGAAUCGGGAUUCUGUAUCAAGCGUUGGCGGUCCCGAGGACGACGGAGGCGAGAGUAGUGGCCUUGCCCGGAAGACACCUAGCUUCACCGUGCAUGGCAAGAAAGCAUCCAUCAUCACUUUUGGCUCAGAAUGGCAGAACAUGCCUCCCGAGGAGCGCCUCAAGCUGCGAAAGCCAACUCCUCAUGAAGAGCCUCGCGCUUCGGAUCCGGCGAUUGUCGGUAGCAGCGAGUCGGUGACUUCGGAUAACAUGCCCACUGAGCGGCGUCAGUCGCUCAUGAGUGUUAGCACAACUACGGGAAUCAGCCUGCACAGCUAUGAUGAAGCCAUUGACUUCUUCAAGGAUGCCCAUGACUUACCCUUUGACUCGCCUAAGCGCGCAGUCUCGGAGGUUCCUGAUCACGAGCCGGAGCAAGGGAUUGCACCCGAUCAGUCCCAGUCAGAGUCUGAAGAGAAACCCCCUUCGACAUCGGGCACUGGUACUGGGUCCGUCCUCUACGGCAGUCACCUCACUGCGCCCGGAGAAACCGGUUCACCUUCAUCUACUUCGCUUAGUGAACGAGUCGUCGAUACCCCUUCCUCUGAGAACCUUCGACAACAGGCUGUCGGCGCGUGA